AUGUCCACUGCCCACUGGAAGAAUCCUGCGGAGGCAGCAUGGAAGAAGAUACAAAAGACUUUCUCUUUCUCUAUACACGAAGAUCCUGAUCUUCUUGAAUUUCUUGACGAAGAGAUCCAAAAAAUCGUGGACGAGAAUAAGAUGUCGUAUAAGAAAGGGGAGAGCAAAGAUCCGACCGAAACAGUGUGGGAGUACAGCAGCUCGAAUUAUAAUUGCCUAGCGGCCAUGGAAGAAUCGGAGAAGAUACAAAAAUUAUUGGAAGACAAUGGAAUGAUCAAACUGAGGACGGAGGGACCGAACGUCUUUGGGUAA